AGGCCGCCGUAGCCGGCCUCGCGCUUUCCCAGCGUGGCGAAGAGCUGCUGUCGGCGGGACUUCCGUGUUGGCGGGAUUCUGAACGCUGCCAUGGCUCAGACCGUGCAGAACGUUACAUUGUCCCUCACUCUGCCCAUCACGUGCCACAUUUGCUUGGGGAAGGUUCGUCAGCCUGUCGUAUGCACCAACAACCAUGUGUUUUGUUCGAUUUGUAUCGACUUGUGGUUAAAGAAUAACAGCCAGUGUCCAGCCUGCAGAGUCCCCAUCACCCCUGAAAACCCUUGCAAAGAGAUUAUUGGAGGAACAAGUGAGAGCGAGCCUAUGUUGAGCCACACAGUCAGGAAGCACCUUCGAAAAACCAGACUCGAGUUACUCCAUAAAGAAUAUGAGGAUGAAAUAGACUGUUUGCAGAAAGAGGUAGAAGAACUUAAAAGUAAAAAUUUGAGCUUGGAGUCACAGAUCAAGACUAUUUUGGAUCCUUUAGCCUUGAUGCAGGGAAGUCAAAAUGAAGACAAACAUCUAACAACAGAUAAUCCAAGUAAAAUUGACCCAGAGACAGCAACAGAGUGGAAGAAAAAGCUCAGAACAGCUAAUGACAUUUAUGAAAAAGUAAAAGAUGAUGUGGAUAAGUUGAAAGAGGCAAAUAAAAAGUUGAAGUUGGAAAACAGUGGCCUGCUGAGGGAGAAUUUACGCCUGAAGGCGGAAGUGGAUAAUAGGUCUCCCCAAAAGUUUGGAAGGUUUACAGUUGCUGCUCUUCAGUCCAAAGUAGAACAGUAUGAGCGUGAGACCAGUCGCCUCAAGAAAGCUCUAGAGCGGAGUGAUAAAUACAUAGAGGAACUAGAGUCUCAAGUAGCACAAUUGGAACAUUUAGAAGAAGCAAAGGGAGCUAUGGAUGCCCUUUGCCAGAGGGCACCUUCUGCAGAUGCCAGCGGGCCCCAAAGCAGCGACGACGUGGUGGCCUCAAAGAAUCAGGGUGACAGUGCCAGGAAACAGGCUGGCUCGGCCACCUCCACUUCGGCUUCUCGCCUGGCAGCACCUUCUAGCAGCAGACUCUCAGACACCAAUUCUGUCAGACAGGAAAGCACCAGCAGCACUGAAUCAAACUGUUCCAAAAACAAUGACAGAUACCCCAAGCCCACGGAAAUGCUGCUGGCUGUGAGAGAGGCACCGAUGGAUGCUUACUUGGAGAGAGAAUGGGGCAGCAAGCCAAGUGACUGUGCACCUUACAAAGGGGAAGAGCUCUAUGAUCUCCCAGCUCCUUGCACUCCUUUGUCACUUAGCUGCCUUCAGCUAAACACUCCAGAAAACAGAGAGAACCCUGUAAUCAAAGCAGGGAGUUCCAAAAAGCAUGCAAACCAUCUCAGAAAACUGGUCUUUGAUGAUUUUUGUGACUCUCCAAAUGGCUGUGGUAACAAUUCUUCAGAGGAUGAUAUAAGUAGAAGUGAAAAUGAAAAGAAAGCAGACUGUUUUGCUUCCCCAAAGACAGGAUUUUGGGAUUGUUGCCCCACAAGCUAUUCGCAAAGCUUGCAGUGUGACAGUCCAGAGGGGAGCACAAUAGCCAGCUCUGUUGGGGAAAUACCUUCAAAAUUGAGUGAGAAGUCAGCAUCAGGCUUGUCCAAGAGACUGAACUGUAUUCGCUCUCUUGAAAUGAACCGGACAAGAACAUCCAGUGAGGCGUCCAUGGAUGCUGCUUAUCUUGACAAAAUCUCUGAGCUGGACUCGAUGAUGUCAGAGUCUGACAAUAGCAAGAGCCCUUGUAGCAAUGGCUUUAAGUCAGUGGAGCUGGAGGGGCCCUCCAAAUCCCCCCAAGGCAGGGAGUUUCUUGAGGAACCUGACAAGUUGGAAGAAGGAGCUAAACUAAAUCUUUCCAAAAAUGCCCUCACUACUGAUGGGUUAGAAAAUGCGAAUGAGUGGAAACCCACUUCCUUUUUUCUCCUCUCUCCAUCCGAUCAAGAGAUGAGUGAAGGUUUUUCUCUCCACCCCACUUCUCACUCAGGAACUAGUGAAGUCAAAGCCCAGAGCUGCUUGUUUCAGACAGAGUUUUCCCGGGGUGUUCUCUUAAGCGGUGCCCAGGGACUAUUUGAGGAUCAGAGGUUUGGCUCGUCUUUAUUUAAGAUGUCUUCAGAGAUGCAGAGCCUCCACAGCCCCCUGCAGUCUCCAUGGUCUACUGCCUUUACGCCUGAAAAGAGGAACAAGGGUGUGAAUCAGUCAACAAAAAGGAAGAUACAGAGCAGUCUGUCCAAUGCCAGCCCAUCCAAAGCAACCAAAAGCUGACUCAUCAAGAGAUGUCACUUGUGGCUUUGUCCCGAAAGGGGUGUGAGCGUUUUAAUGUUACUGUAGUCACUUCAUGAAG